GCCUUUGUCGAAGCCUUCAUGCGAGCUGUUUAUGUAGAUGAUCUAAACUCGGGUGGGGAUGAUGACAAAUCUGCCUACACUCUUUACAAGAAAUCAAAGCUUAGAUUGGCAGAAGGUGGAUUUAACCUUCGGAAGUUUGUUACCAACUCGCCCGAACUGUUGACGAAGAUCAAAAGUGAAGAGAACCCUCUUCCUAGAACUAAUUUGGAGCCUAACCCUCAAGUGGACGAACCGCCAAACGAUUGCGUAAAUGAAGAUGAAACGUACUCGAAGAUUACGCUAGGAACAUCCAAUGAAUCCUCUAAUUAAGAGCACAAGGUUCUCGGGGUAGCGUGGAAUUUUGUUGAAGAUGAUCUUGUGUUUGAUCUUAGUCAUGUGACCGAAUUGGCAUCCGAGUGUUCCCCAACAAAGCGAAAUAUCGUCCGUCUUUCUGCAAAGUUCUAUGAUCCGAUUGGCUUCAUGUCGACAAUAACAGUUCAAUUCAAGAUGUUAUUCCAAGAACUGUGCGGAGAAAAGUUGAAUUGGGACGAUGAAGUACCCCAUGAUCUUAAAGUAAAAUGGGACAAUCUAGUUAAUGAACUAAAACAAAUGAAUCGCAUUCGGCUUUCUCGAUGCUAUUUUCGAGAGGUCAACGACCCAGUUAUCUCCUGCAUUGUCCAUGGAUUUGGUGAUGCCUCGAAGGCGGCGUACGCCGCAGUAACCUACCUGGUCAUGAUUACCACAAUUGGCAUCAGAGUAAAGUUCUUAGCAGCGAAGACACGAGUCGCACCAAUCGAGAGACAAACAAUUCCGGGACUAGAACUUCUAUCAUGUUUGAUCCUUGCAAGGUUAGUGAAGAAUGUUCAAACGGCAUUACGAGAUGAAAUUAAGUUGGAUGAUCCAGUCUGUUGGAGCGAUUCGAAAGUGGCACUUUUCUGGAUCACAAAUGGCAAUAAGGAGUGGAAACAAUUCGUUGAAAAUAGAGUGAGUGAAAUCCGGAGCCUCUUACCCACAGCCACCUGGCGUCAUUGUCCCGGUCGAGAUAAUCCUGCCGAUAUUCCAUCCAGAGGAAUAAAACCGACGGAGCUUACAAGCAAUGAGCUGUGGAGCUGUGGCCCUGAGUGGCUAACCGAGGUUGAAACACACUCUUGGCAAGAUGAGAAGGAAAUUACGCCUCCGAAGGAAUGUCUCGUUGAAGUUCGAUCCACCAAGUCGAGAACUGUUAACCUAAUUGUGAACACCACACCCCAAACCCUUAGCAAUAUCAUCAAUAUCGAGAACUUUGGAACCCUCGACAGACUGGUGCGAGUGACGGCUUAUGUCUUACGUUUGGUGAAGAUAUUGAAGGCGAAGACCAGAAAGAGUGACAUAGACGUAGAGCCCAGUUUAACAGUGAAUGAGAUUCGUGAAAGUAGAGAAUUGUGGAUCAAAGAAAUGCAAAGAAAAUUGCCCGAGAAGAACCAGUUUGAACAGUGGAAGGCAGAGUUUGGGCUUUACACUGACGAGCAAGACAUCUGGAGGUGCAAAGGUAGACUGGAAAAGGCGAACCUACCCCAGUCAGCAAAGCAUCCAAUUCUAGUUGACAAAGAGCAUUAUUUCGCAUCAUUGAUCGUUUACGACAGCCACAGAAGAGUGAUGCAUAAUGGAGUCAAAGAGACGUUGACUGAUAUAAGAUCGCAGUACUGGAUCGUCCGGGGGAGACAGUUUGUGCGAAAGUUGAUCGGGAGGUGUUCUAUUUGUCGGAGAUUCGAAGGCAAACCCUAUCAAGCUCCACCACCACCUCCCCUACCCGAAUUUCGAGUACGAGAAACACCACCUUUCACGGCAACAGGAAUUGAUUUCCUUGGUCCGCUCUAUGUUCGAACACACGAGAAGAGCGAAAGGGUGUGGGUAUGCCUUUACACAUGUUGUGUAACGAGAGCAGUGCAUUUGGACAUUGUACCAACCCUGACAAAAGAAGGAUUUAUUCGAAGUUUUCGGAGAUUUACCGCGAGACGCGGUGUUCCGUCAACGAUUGUGUCGGACAACGCCGGGAUGUUUAAGGCGGCAUCGCGGGAGAUCAAAACGAUGUUGAGAGAUCCAGAGAUAAGGCGAUUCUUCGUCGGCAUGAACAUCACCUGGUCGUUCAAUUUACCCAAGGCACCCUGGUGGGGUGGAAUUUUUGAAAGACUUGUCAAAUCCACCAAGAGGUGUUUAAAGAAGACUGUUGGAGGAGCUCAAUUAACUUACGAAGAGCUCCUGACGGUGGUCGCUGAAGUGGAGAUGAUAUUGAAUUCCCGUCCAAUAUCAUAUGUUUCUACCGAAGAUCUACAAGAACCACUCACUCCGUCACAUUUGUUAACGGGACGAAGAUUACUGAGUAUGCCAGAGCAGGACAUUGGCAAUGACAUAUUAGAUCCCGAAUUCUCGUUAAACGAUAAGGACUUAAGUCGAAGAAAGAAGCACUUGAGCACACUAAUGAAUCAUUUCUGGACCCGUUGGCGUGACGAAUAUUUAAUGGAACUGCGCAAUUCACACCGCGGUAAGAACGACAACGGAAAGGGAACUAUCCGUGCGGGGGAUAUAGUUGUGGUUCACGACGAGUCGCAACCUCGAGCAUGUUGGAGAUUGGGCAAAGUCGAAAGGUUGAUCAACGGAGAGGACGGAAACGUGCGGGGAGCGAUCGUUAGAAUCAGUCCAAAGGGGAAACGGCCGACGACUUUGAAAAGAUCGGUACGGUUACUUUACCCACUAGAGGUAAGGUCCGACUCGGAAGCUGAAGAAAAUCGGUACGGAAAGAACGAACUUGACGAAGCGAUCGGAAAUGAAAUGAACCAAGUCGAAGUAAAGAGACCAAGACGUGAAGCGGCGAAGCGGGGAGAAGAACGGCGAAGGAAAUGGAUCGAGGAACUGAAUGACAGCUAAGUAGCUAGUGUAGAGAUAUUGCGAUAGUAGAAAGACUACUUGCAUUGACAACGUUGAUAAUUCAAAUUUGUAGACUACGUAAUUGUAGUUUAGUUGUUUCACUGUUUGUUGACCAGUAGUUGCAUGCACUGGUCAACGGGGGGAGUGUCAGAGAUUGCGUAAUAUUCUAUGACGUUUAUUUUGUGAACACAUGGAAUACUAAUGAGACGAGCGUAGAGUUUUCAUAUGGCAGCGUUUUUGUAAUAAAGUUUGUGUUAUUUAUAUUUUAAUGAGUCUGAACCACGCAUGAGUUGAGCCUUGAACCUUGGAGAAAGGAGUCCUUUGAGAGUUUUAAUCUAAAUAUUUUACAGUUUAGACCAGAUCUCACCAAAACUGCGACUGAACUGAAUUGGCUUCCGGUGAAGGAACACUUGCUUUUUAGAGAUACAGUCAUGAUUUACAAAGAGUAUUCACAACUUAGCUCCACCUUACUUGUGCAAUAAAUUUAGAAAACGUUCAAAUUUACAUGAAUGUUGAACUGGUAAUCGAGAGCUCCUGCGUACGGCCCGGAAUACCGCUGUCACAGUGGAUUUGGACUCCUCGCGGAUAUGGACCCCCCGGUCCAUAUCAGCUAGCGGAUUCGGACCCCUACUGUACAUAUCCGCUAGUUGAUAUGUACCCCCUUCCGCGGAAUUGGACCCCCUAAAAUUCACAAAAAGAAGUAGUUUUGAAACGAUUUGCAGACUAAAUUGCAAUUGAAUUGGCAUGGAAAUUUAGGCGUCAGUUUAAUUUAAAUUAUGAUAACUAAGUAAUGGCAUGACUCAACUAUUUUGGAAUUAGAGCAGAUAGCAAUUCCAAGGAGUAAAAUACUUGUGAAGGCUUCAUGCUCUUCUCAGUUCUCGCACAUUCCAAGAUCAUAGAAAUAAACUCAUGUGGCAGAAAAAUUAUAAAUCAUAAACUUUGACGAAAUUCUCUAAUCUAAAUCUGAGAUUUGAUGAUCUAAAAAUCUUCGUACGGUUUUUACAAUAAAUCAGAUGAGAUUUAUGACGAUUCAAUAUUCAAAAUACGAUACGUUGCAAUGACGAAAUACGCGAGGGGUCCAAAUUCGCGAGGGGAGUCGAAAUCCGCUAGCGGAAAAAGACCCCCAUAGGUCCGGAUAUGGAUUCCCCGGUCCAUAUUCGCUAGCGGAUUUGGACCGGGGGGUCCAUUUUGAGGGGGGUCCAAAUCUGCUGGGACACCGCCAUCGGUCAGAGAACAUUCCAUAAAGCCCUGAUUCCACGAGCGCUUUUUGUCAGCGAAAUGAGAAAUAUUUCGCCUGUUUCUUUCGAGUUGUGAGCAAUCAAGUAGACUGAAAUAAUUUAUUCGAGUGGUCGCAAUUCAAAAGAAACAGGCGAAAUAUUUCGCAUUUCGCUGACAAAAAGCGCUCGUGGAAUCAGGGCUUUACAGAGGGGCGAAACUAUGGAACGAUCUGGACAACAUAACACAAAGUUAAUGCCCUCUUUGCAAAGUUUUAAAAACAGAUAUUAAAGAAAGACACGUUAGCCAGACUUUACUGACUUUACUAUACUUAGUAUUUAGUAAUGGACUACGUUAAAUAAUAGAAAACUUUAUACUAGCAAAUUCUUAACUAUAUGUAAUAGACAGUUUUAAUUUCGAUUUUAUAAUAACUAUCAUCACUCCAUGUAAAUUAGUGUCGAAAAGCCUCGUUGAGGAACACAAUAAAGUAUGUAUGUAUGUAUGUCGUGUAUGUAAACCAGGGGAAAUUGAAUUUGGUUUGACUUGGCGGGAAGUUCCGAGUUAACCGAGUUCGAGGGGUUCUUUUGUACUUACAAGUUGCUAACAUAAUUUAUAUUCGACAACACCCAGAUAGGGUCAUUCAUGCAUGCAAUGCUAGAAUACAAGUAUAUGACCCCCAUAAGUUAUAUUAACGCUGUAUAGAAUUGCCAACGUUCUUUUAAAAAUCCCUUUGAUUAUGUACGUCUAGGAAGGUCGAGUUCGUGUGUUAACACUGUCCUGGGUAAAAGGCUUGAUUCUUAGCGCGAGAAAUACUCUAGAAAACACGUAACUUUCGACUUAAACAACUGAGUUAAACAGUUAAACUCCCACGAUUGUAAUCUUCAAAAGGCUUAGUUCGCGCUCACCGUAGGUAGUUAUACUGUUCAUGACAAUAAAGCCGUGCAGUGCCAAGCGAUUCUCGUACAAAAAACCCUUCCCUUUAUAAAGGCUAAUUUAAACUGAUUCAUAACAUUUCUAGAUUCAAACAAGUCAACACGAGUGCAAAAAUUCCAACGUGUAUAGAGGAAAUGAGGCGUU